CACACACAAAAAGCAACUCAUAGGGCGUUGAAAGGUGGAUGUGCUGCCAACAUUUCGGAAAGGGAGACGAGGAGACGACCUGCGAGUUGGUUGGAACAAGGGUCCCUGGUUGGAUCCCAGGAGCCGCUCGGCGAUCCACUCGUACCCCCUGUCGCCCUCAGACGACGCGUCUCCAUGGAGGCAGGUUCGUCCCUCGGCCUCAAACGACGAUAUGAAGAGGUGGACAACAACUCUCCAUUCUCCACACCGAAGGACUCCGACGAUGACAUCUCCAGCAGCGACAGCGCCGACAGCUGCGACAGCCUCAACCCGCCAUCCAGCACUGCAUUUACCCCCACCUCCAUCCUCCGGCAGCACAAGCCGUCGCCGGGGGGGAAGCGGGUCCGAUUCGAUGUGGUGACGGUGUACUACUUCCCCCGGCGGCAGGGAUUCACCAGCGUGCCCAGCCAGGGGGGCAGCUCUCUGGGCAUGGCCCGCCACCACUCCUCCAUCCGGCGCUACACGCUGGGCGAGUUCGCCCGCGAGCAGGACUCCAGCCACCGGCACACGUUACGCCAGCACCUGCGCCAGGAGAAGCUCAAUGCCCGCAAGAUGAAGCUGACGAGGAACGGCACGCUGGAGUGCGCUCAGGCGGACCUGCUGACUCUGGAGGACGUAUCGGACGAGGACCUGGACCUGGACGGCGUGGAGGUGGACGACUGCUUCUUCCUGCAGCCGCUGCCCACAAAGCGGCGCCGGGCCCUCCUGCGAGCCUCCGGCAUCGCCCGCAUAGACGCCCGGGAGAAAGCUGACCUCAGAACCAUCCGCCUCUCGCGGGAGGAAUGCGGCUGCGACUGCCGCUUGUACUGCGACCCGCGCCACUGCGGCUGCAGCCAGGCCGGCAUCAAGUGCCAGGUGGAUCGAAUGUCAUUCCCAUGCGGCUGCUCUAGGGAUGGCUGCGGCAACGCAGCGGGCCGCAUCGAGUUCAACCCCCUGCGUGUCCGAACUCACUACCUGCACACCGUCAUGAAGCUGGACCUGGAGAAGAGGAGGAUGCUGAUACAAGGGCCCGGAGACCAGUAUGCCGAAUCGGACCAGACGUCCUCCCCCUCCUCCACUUGCCCCGCUUCUCCCGACCUUUCCGCGGCCGCCGGCCUGGACUCUGAGCUGAAGGUGAGCGGGCCGCAGGCCGCGGUGGACGUUCAGGAUCUCCUGGCGGAGCAGGACAUCCUGGAGCGGGAGAACGAGAUCGCCGUGCUGCACCUGCAGAGCGCCGAGGAGCAGGAGAGGAGGGAGAGGGAGGAGGCGGCGGGGGAGACGGUGCAGCGGGAGCUGGGAGCCGGGGGCCUGGCCGAGCAGCCUCUCUGCCUCCUGCCCGGCGCUUUGGGAGCGCGUCCCCCCGAGCAGGCGGACGCGCUGGGCCCGGGGCAGGUCCUCCUGCAGGGGCCGUUCCCCACGGGGGCCACGGUCCUCUGCGUCACCGACAACCAGGAGGAGAGCCCCUCUGAACUGCUCAAGGAAUCCACUUCGCUCCUCUACUAUCAGCUCAGUCCCAUAGAGCCCGAGGCCUUUGACGCAGGAGAAGAAAGGAAACCAGGAGGAGGAGGAGAGCAGUCAAAGGUGGAUGAGCCUGAAGAGGUCGACUGCGGGUCGAGUUUAGGAAAGGCCGGUGUUAUUCUGCGCUCGGAGAGGCCCUCGGGUCCCCGGCAGAGCCUCUCCCCGCUGCACUGCCAGCGGGGGGCGUGCUCGGAGGCAGAAGUAAACCCACUGCCUCCCGAAGUUUAGUUCUAGCUUCUCUGCAGAUGUUUUGCACAACAGCUUCAUCUAAGGUGAAAGACACACGUUUCACAUUCAUCACCGCUAUCAUCAAGAAUUAUUACAGGUCACAGUCCCUUGUAGUGACUGUCACUGAAUUAUGUGGAGCAUGAGGCUGAGUGCUACAAGGCAGGAGGGAAGGGGGGAGCUGAGAAGCACAUACAGAUCACUCCCCAGAUGUAUUAUGGAUGCAGUUACAAGGCGACGUUGUGCGUGAUUCUGUUGGGGGGUGAUGAAUGCGGCCUUAAUGGAAGAGAAAACAUGAAAACACGUGUGAGUAGGAAGUAGGGCGUUGUUCAUUUCCAACGUAGCAAAAACCAGAAAAAUACAGUGUGUGAAUGCUGACGUAAGCCUUUUGUUUGAUGAUGUUUAACACUAAACACUAAACACUAACUUCUUUGCAGCAUGCAGGAAGCUCGGUUAAUUCGGGGCCAUUGGCAUCAACCAACUUUUAACCUGUAAAAAUAAGGACACCCACAAACAUUUAAUAACAUUUGCUAAAUUAGUGAUAUUAAACCAGACAAAGCUGCAUGUGUGCAUGUGCGUUUAAUAGCACAGUCAUCUAUACAAGAGACGAUGGUGAUUGACUGUGAAACGUUUAAGGAACCCCCCCCCCCAAAUGAGAGUGCACAUUGAUUAAACCCAUAAAGAAGAACCAGAUGAUCCUGAACGUAAAAAAAACAAAAACAAAGAGGACAUUUGUGAAGCAUCAUUUGUUUCUUUUGAGCCGGGCAGCGCAGAGCACUUAUCCGACACCUCGAGGAGCGACGCGUCAAGUCCACUCGGGGAGCGCGUUGAGGCCGCCGCUGCGACCGGCGAGCCGAUGAACAUUGCAUCUUAUACUCGGAACGAUAAAAAUGGUAACCACAUUUCCAGUUUGGCUGUUUGCCAGCCUGACCCCUGCUUUUGAAGUUCGUUUUGAGUGCCAACGAAGGCCUCCUAGUACCAUCCCUUAAAAACAUACCGAAUAAUCCUGGAAAUACUUGUUUCUGUGUACUGUAUACGUGUUUGCAAUGUGCAAGACGGAGCCGAGGUUGCUGCUUUUUAUUCCCCCCCCCUUCUUUAAAAAAAAUCUGCACACACUUUGUGAAGCGCGGGCGUCGUGGCUCUGCUGUAAUGAAGGUACAUCGACACAGAGCGGCAGACUAGCACUGGCCUCACCUCGGGCUGCAUGUGCAAUGCAGUUAAAUCUGUCACAAACCAGGUUUACCUGUAGUUAUAUGAUACUACUUAUUAUUUCUUUGAGUAACGUGUCUUAGUGGAUUAGAUACAGUGCUUUCAGGCUUCUGCCUCACCCGUAAAACCAUGUAGUCGUGUCACGUUGUGAAGAAAUGCCAGAAUAGAUCUUCCAAGUCCUUCGCCUCUUUUAAAUAAGUUAUACUACAAGGACGAGACGGAUCAAGUCCAAUUCAUAAGAAAAUAGCAUUUAAAGAGUCAAAGAAAGUAGUUAUACAAAAUGAUGUGAUUUUACUAAUUUAUGAAACAGAUUGAGAACAACCUGAAUUUGUAUAUUUUAUGUCAAACCUGUACAGUUUGUGUGUACUUUACAUUAGCGUGUCAAAGUAAGAGAGAGCGUUGACUAUGCUUCUGCGUGUGCAUGUACAUGUGUAUGUACUGUAUUAUGACAAAAGGGGCAGGGGGGGGGGGUAUAUUAGUGAGGAUAAAUAUUUUAUCCCCCCCCCCUCCCACACACACACUUGUCCUCGUGGGAAAAUGAGAUUUUCAUGCAGACGGCAAAUCAUUAAUGCAGCCAUUCGGGAGCGAUGGUGCGUGUCCUGUCUUUAAAUGUCUCUGUUUAGGAUAUGUCAGACUAAUACUGAUGUGAGGAACCAUGCUGACUCUUCUAACACCAAACCAGUCCUUUUUGUUUUGAUGCCUAAUGUUACAGCUGUUUGCUUUUGGGGCGACGACUUGCCAAACACAGGAUGUGUGUAAGAGAUGCCUGGUGUAUUUCUUUUUUUAAAUUUUCUUUUCUUUUAUUGUCUUAAUAUGAAUCUGCUUAAAAGUUGCACCAAAGCAGUGGUUUCAAACCUAAUUAGCAGAUGCUCUCAAGCAUCACAUUUUAACGAUGCGGCGUAGUUAUUGUGACGGUUAGGAUUCAUUGUCGGCCUUUUGUGUGUUGGUGUGACUCGCCUUGACAUGGUGAUGGUUAGAAGCUGCCUGUUGUUGAGCUGUUGUCCUUGGCUUUCCUUUUUUUCCAUAGACAAAGGUUUGGGACCACUGCGUCAAACAAACGCCGUUACACUAUGUGAUUGUGUGAGAGGGGUGUGCGAUUGUUGAAAACAAUAACAAGUUUAGACUCCAUGGAAAAGCUGUGAGGACUACUCUCAUGCUAACUGUUGCCUAAAGUGGACAAAAAGGUUUUUUGUUUUUUUUAUACAAAAUAAAAACAAUAAAACACUCA